AAUAAAUUUCAGUUCUUCUUUACUGAAAACCCUGUCGGCUCUCUGCACGUUAUUAAUAAUUUCUCAAUGCUCGUUUCACCUUCAAACCCUCCACCAAUUAAGGAAGAUCUCUAGAUUUCAAACUUCUUUAACAAAAUCCUUGAAAGCCCAUUUUUCUCCUAAGCACAUCUCCCUCAAUCUCACUAACCUUUCCAAUCUCAUCAAACUCACUAUGUUUCCCACAAAACCAAUUUCAAGAUUCAUCUUUUUCUCCUUGACUCUCCUCCUAUUACUCACUUCCAAAAUCUCUGUCACUGCCUCUGAAGAUUCACAAAUUGACACUGAAAAUGAUGAUGAAUUGGAAGAAUUAAUAGCAAUAGAUGAGCAAGGAGAAUAUGAAGAUCUGCAACAGCAAGAAGACCAGCAAAAGGAGGCUGAGGUAUUGUCAAAGGCACAGAGGAUAGUUCUUGAGCUAAACAGUGAUAAUGCCAAGAGGGUUAUAAAUGAGAAUGACUUUGUAUUGAUUCUUGGAUAUGCACCUUGGUGUCCAAGGAGUGCCGAGCUCAUGCCUCAGUUUGCUGAAGCUGCUAAUAAGCUUAAGGAGUUUGGGAGUUCUCUCUUGAUGGCUAAACUUGAUGCUGAAAGGUACCCAAAAGCGGCUUCAAUGCUUGACAUUAAAGGUUUCCCUACUCUGCUUCUAUUUGUCAAUGGAAGCUCUCAGGUUUACACUGGUGGAUUUUCUGCGGAGGAUAUAGUGAUCUGGGCUAGGAAAAAGACCGGUGCGCCUGUUAUCAGACUAAGCUCUAUCACUGAGGCGGAACAGUUUCUUAAGAAUUAUCAUAUGUUUAUUCUUGGUUUCUUUGAGAAAUUUGAGGGUCAUGAUUAUGAAGAAUUUGUAAAAGCAGCAAUCUCUGACAAUGAGAUCCAAUUUGUUGAAACGAGUGACCCUUAUGUUGCAAAAGUUCUCUUCCCAGAUAGCAAAUUUACUGAUUUCAUUGGAAUUGUUAAAAGUGAGCCUGAAAGAUACACUGCAUAUGAAGGGACCUUUGAGAUGGACAAGAUAUUGCAGUUUUUGGACUAUAACAAAUUUCCAUUGGUUACCAGGCUAACUGAACUAAAUUCAGGCAGAGUUUAUUCCAGUCCUAUCAACCUUCAGGUUAUUGUCUUUGCAGAGGCUGAUGAUUUCAAAAAUCUUAUCCAGCCUCUUCAAGAGGUUGCUAGGAAGUUCAAAUCACAGAUAAUAUUCAUACAUAUAGACGUUGCAGAUGAAAACCUAGCAAAGCCUUUCUUAACUUUAUAUGGGCUAGAAGAUUCAGGAAACACAGUGGUGACUGCUUUUGAUAACAGAAUCCAUUCGAAAUAUUUGUUACAGGCAGAUCCAACGCCAAGCAACAUAGAAGAGUUCUGUUCAGCAUUUCUCAGUGGUAGUCUGUCACCUUACUUCAAAUCACAACCAAUACCUGAUAAUAAAGAAGCAAAUGUCCAGGUCAUUGUAGGAAAGACUUUUGAUGACUUAGUAUUGAGCAGUCCCAAGAAUGUUCUUCUGGAGAUAUACACCCCAUGGUGCAUCAAUUGUGAGACCACAAGUAAGCAGAUCGAGAAGUUGGCAAAGCAUUUCAAAGGUUUGGAAACUUUAGUAUUUGGAAAGAUAGAUGCUUCUGCCAAUGAACAUCCAAAACUGCAGGUAGAUGAUUACCCAACACUUCUAUUUUACCCUGUGGGUGACAAAGCAAAUCCGAUCAAGCUUUCAACAAAAUCUAGUUCAAAGGACUUGGCAGCAGUCAUCAACAAAUAUUUAAGAGCCGAAGAAAAAUCCACCAAGGAUGAAUUAUAGAAAUAUAGCGAAUGAGGAUACAAAAAUUUAGUUAGUAAGAGAAGACUUAAGCUGGAUGAGAUUCUCCACAGAAUCCUGAAAGUAAAUUUUUUCAGAAAGUGCUGAAAGAAAUGUUACAAAACCCUGAAGUAAUUAAACUUUCUUGCAUAUGCUUGGAUAUUUUUCAAGGUUACAACAACAGCAAGCAGUGGUGGAUAAUAAAAGCAAACCUAGAAGAUCUAUAUUCUUAAAGUCAUGUAUUUAGCUCCCUGUAUUUUGAUCUGUGUUAAUUUAAGUAUGCUUCUUGGUAUGACACAGUAACAAGAAAUUCUUGGUAUGACACAGUGACAAGAAAAUGUGCUACUGUUUAAUGCCUUAAUGGAGUUUAUCAUUGAUUAA